AUGACCUCUCUUCUCGCUCCGCAUUCCGCCGUCCCAGCCGCCGUAGGUUGCGCUGCUGCACACAGAACGGCUGUCCGAUCCGCAUCAGGAGCUUCCCAACCGCUCUCUGGUCACAAGCUCGUUACGUCAACCAAUACCCUCCAAGGACGGUUACGCCGCCGGUCCUCCUCUCUCCGACGACCAUCUUCCACAUUUCCAGUAGCUGAUUCCACGCGAAACGUCGUACUGGCCGCGUCGUCAUCGUCAUCGUCUACCUCAGAGGCUGUUCUCUCCAGCUCCACUAUUCCAUGCCCGGACUGCAGCGGCCAGGGCUGGCUGCAGUGUGAGGUGUGCCAGGGGGAGAGGGUGAACGUGAAGGUCAACAAACGCCUCUUCCGCCGCUGCCCUGGCUGCUACGCCGGAUUUGUCGCCAGACCAGAGGCAAAAGAUGACGGCUCGACAGACAUGAUGACAUGGAAAUGCGUUAUACCUGGAAAGAAGGACACGGACUGGGAAGGUGGCCAUUAUCCGCUGACGAUACAUUUUACAGAAGACUACCCAUCGAAGCCGCCAAAGUGCAAGUUCCCUCCAGGCUUUUUCCAUCCGAACGUCUAUCCGUCAGGCACGGUGUGCCUCAGCAUUCUCAACGAAGACUAUGGCUGGAGACCAGCUAUUUCUGUGAAGCAAAUUCUUGUUGGUAUUCAAGAGUUGCUUGACCAGCCAAACCCUGCCGAUCCAGCUCAAACUGAUGCUUACCAGCUCUUCACGCAGGACACGGUGGAGUACAAAAAGAGGGUGAAGGAGCAGGCAAAGCAAUACCCUUCUCUCAUUUGA